AUACUUGAUACUCCUCAAAUGAGUCCGUCCUACAUUGCCAUGACCAUGACCACUUUUCUCCUCCUCCUCAUCUCAGGCACGGAAGCUGUGAUCACCAAACAAACAAUCAUCAAACAAUUUUUAGCUACUCAUAACGCAGCCCGGUCUACUGUAGGUGUGCAGCCACUGACAUGGGAUGCACGUCUAGCGCGAUACGCUAAACAGUAUGCUAACCAGAGGCGUUGGGACUGCGCAUUGCAGCACUCGAAUGGGCCUUAUGGAGAGAACAUUUUCUGGGGGGGUGGCAGCGAGUGGACACCGGCUGAGGUUGUCGAAUUUUGGGUUUCAGAGCAGAAGUGGUACAACUACUCGUCCAACUCGUGUGCCCAGGGGCAGAUAUGCGGGCAUUACACCCAAGUUGUGUGGAAGACAACAAGAAGAGUUGGGUGUGCUAAGGUGGCUUGUUUUGGUGGCCGAGGUGUUUUCAUGACAUGCAACUAUGACCCUCCUGGGAAUUACAAUGGUCAGUGGCCUUAUUAA